GUGUACAUUCUAACUUUCUCUUUCCUUUAUAAUAACGUAAUCAUAUCAUAUAUAAAUUUUCCUACUAAAAUCUCAUAUUACAUACUAAACUUUCAACCGUCUAUAAUUUGAUAGAUAUUUUCAUAUUUAAAAAGGAGUUUUCUAAAAAUAUUUCAUCGACCAUGUUUUUGUACAGUAACAUUAAAAAUCUAUAUCAAAAGAUUGUUGGACCUGAUAUGUACGUAAUGGUUCACAUCUGUUCGGGUACUUAGGAUCCUAAGAAAAUUUGAAAUAUCUAAAAAAUCUGAAAAAUAUCUGAAACUCGAAAAGUACUUGAAACUUCAAACAAAUACCCAAAAAAAUUCAAAUACCUAAAAAUUCAAAAUCUUAUUCAAAAUCUGUCACUGAACUGAAAAUACCCAAAAUUUUAUCCAAAUACCCAAUUUUUUUUAUUUGAAAAUUUACCUGAAAUCAAAAACUAUAAUCGUAAACCAAAAACCUAAAAAAAAUAUCCAUAAUGCUGGAAACAUAUUCGAAAUAUCUAAAUAUACCUAAUAAACACAACAUAUUUAUGAUCGGGUCUAAGAUAGGACCCGGACUCAAACAAAGACCGACGGGUCCAAAAAAAUCCCCAAUAGGUUAUCUUCUCUGGACCUGAACUAAACCAAUAUUUUUAGGUCGGUUCGGUUUGUUUUUUUGAGCCGGAUAUAAUUCUCAUGCCUAAAAGAAAUUUACGUAAACGUAUACAUAUAAAAUAUCAAAUAAACUAAUUUAUAGAUUAUAUAACUGUUAAAAAUUAUAUUUUCGAUAUAAUAAGACUUUAUAUUAUAAUAUAAUCUAAAAAACCCGCGCUUUUCAAGCGCGGAUCAAAAUCUAGUACAUUACUUAAGACACAAAAUGGUGGGGUUAAAAAUACAAAAGAUUUAAGUAGACAGGAAAUGUAUAGCUCAUUUCUGGAAAUUAGAAAUAAUAAUUAACAUGUCAAGAUAUCUAUAUUAUUAUUUUAAAUAAAACACUUUUUAUGUGUUAAUAAAACGUUCUACUGAAAUUUAAAGUAAUUUUGAACACUAUAUUAAGAGUAAUAUUAGCUAAUAUAUAUUUUAAAAUUAAGAAAAUAGUGUUAUAGACUUAGUUCUAGAUGACCAUUGAAAUAUUAGUUAAAACUAUAUAUUAUAUUAAUCAUUAUAUUCUUCUUCUCAAAUUUCUUAUGUCGUUUAAUAUUGAGAAUUUUAUGGAAUGACAGAGAAACAAAACAUCAUAUUUUCUAAACAGAAGACUAUAUAUAAUCACGUUAAUACAGUGUAGCAAGAAAAAUUUCUUUUUGAAUACGAAAUUCAACCGUUUAUAGAGUAUAUAAAAUUUUAAAUGGAUUUUUUUUUUAAAUCAUCUUGUUAUUGGUUUCAUGUAUGUCUAUCUCUCUAACAAGUUUUUUAGUACCCACAUUAUUAAUUUUGUAUACGAUAAAUGUGUGUGCUAUAUAAUUUAUCCUAUUUAAAGAAGAUAUCCCUUAUAUAUUAAUUCAGAAACAUUACAACAUUGUUUUGUAGUAACGUGUCGUCAUGAGAAUGAAAUUCAGAAUUAUUAGAAAAAUAGGUCGGUCCAUCUUAACUUAUAUUAUACUUUUUAUUAAACUAACUAUCAAAUUAAUAAAUAGUAUAAAAAAGAAUAUUCUCACACUUUCCUUAAAUAAAAGCUACGCAAUUACCUAAUAUGAAUAACUUAUAUAUGACAUUAAUAAUUAUGAAUAAUAAAUCUUUGAUAAUAAUUUUUGUAUCUUAGUUUUUUUUUGUUUAAUUUUAUAUUAUUAAAAUAUAUUAAACAAUCACAUUAACCAUAUGAUAAUUAUUUUAUAUAUAUUAUAUUUUAAUUUUUUUAAAUGACUAUAAAUUACUAAAAAUGUUAAAUGAUUCACACUAAAAAUUUUUGAUCAAUGAUUUACUUUUUUUUUUUGUAAUAACAAGAUACAAGUGAUAAUAAAUCAUAUGACUGUGAUAUCUCAUAUAAUAGAAAUUCAUAUUAUAUAUUAAUAUAGUUUAAAAUUAAACUAUAUAACAUAUAAAAUACAUAAAUAUGUUAAUUUCUAAAUUUGUAUUGAAAAAGUAUUGGAACCUUAGUAUUUUAAUUUGAAAUUUUUAUUAAGAAAAUCGCACAUUAAUUUUUUUGUGUUUAUCAUAUGCGUAUGCAUUCUCAAUACUAAAUAUUUAUAUUAAAACAUACUAUAUAUCUAUCGUCCAUAUCUUUGAAAUUUAGUUAUAUACUAUAUUAAAUAAAUAAAAUAAUUGUUUUAAUUUAUUUAUAAAAAAAUAUCGUAAAUAAACAAGAGGUAUUGUUUUGAUUUAUGUGCUUAUUCUAAUUUAAUUAUAUAAUACCUAAAAGAACGCAAAUAAAUAAUAAUAGAUAAAGAUUUAUUUUUAUAUAUAACUUUCAUCCUGCGCGUCUUAAUCUAUUUUCUUGGUAAAUUACAUACAUCCUGAUUACCAAAAAAUAAUUACAACCAUCCUGAUUUUAAUAGGGAAAAUCGCAUUUUAAACACCGAGAGCGUCAUUUUCUAACACUUUAGAUACUGAAGUUAUUUGACUAACACUAAAAACCUUUAAAGUAAAAUUUUUAUCAUAAUAAACCUCCAAAGACGUUUUCGUGUUCAUAGACGACCGGUACUAUUCAUUUUACAGGUAAAAAUAAUGACGUGUCAGUUUCUUAAAAAAAAAAUACAGAAAAAUUCGAAUGAAAUUGGAAAAAAUUGUAAGAAAUUCAAAACUAAACUUAAAAAAAAUCUAAAAAUUCAAAAAACAUAAAAAAUUAAAUUUCGAAUUAAAAAAUAAAAUAAAAUAUUAAAAAUUCUAAAAAUUCAUAAAUAAGAUCAAAAAUUAAAAUGUCAAAUUUUAAAAAGAAAAUAAAUUUUAAAAAUUCUAAAAAUUCUAAAAUAAGAUCUAAAAUUAAAAAUUCAAACUUAAAAAUUAAAAUUGUAAAUAUUUAACCAAAAAAUUAUUUUUAUUUUAAAAUUUCAUCCAAUGAAAGUGACUGUCACUUAUGAUGAUAUCAAAACUUGCCACCAUGAAAAACAAUAUAUCAAAGCUUGCUACCAUCAAAAACAUUUUUUUUUAUAAUCCGGAUAUUCAGACACCUUACAUAGCCCGACUAGCGCGUAAGUACACUUCGCAAAAAGCAUCCCGGGGGGCCGCCAAUUUCACCCAUGUUAAUUGAUGGUGGCCACAUGCAUGGCAAACAAUUCUUUCAAAUAGAUUAUUUUUGAGUUUUGUCUUAAAAAGAUUUUCUAAAAAAGAAAAUGACCAAAAUGUUUCAUUAAAGAUGCAAAAGACUCUUAUGCUCUAAAUAUAUAUAUACAAAUAAAUAAAGAAAAAUUUCUAAGAAAAUUCAAUUUUUUUGAUCUUAUUUUAGAAUUUUUAGAAUUUUGAAAAUUUUAUUUUCGUUUUUAAAUUUGACAUUUUAAUUUUAUAUCUUAUUUUGAAUUUUUAAUAUUUUAUUUUAUGUUUAAGUUUGAAUUUUUAUGAUUUUUUUUAUUUUUUUUUUGAAACUUUAACAAUUUUUUUCUAUUUUCAUUCGAAUUUUUCUGUAUUUUAUGUAUUUUUUUUUAAGAAACCGACAUGUAAUCUACCGGUCGUUUAUGAACCGAAAACCGUCUUUGGAGAUUAUUAUGAUAAAAAUAUCACUUUGAAAGUUUAAAAUACUAAUCAAAUAACUUCAGUGUUUAAAGUGAUAGAAAGUGACACUCUCAUUGUUUGAAAUACGAUUUUCCCGAUUUUAAUAUGGUGCCAUCAAUAGUAAAAUGAUGUAAAUGACAAAAGCACUUGCGUCAUCGGUACACAAUAAACAAAACAGAGACAAAACCCCAUAAACAAGUAUAUAAUGGUGUUUAGUUUCAGGUAUUUCUUCCCAUCUUAACCUUUUUUCUCCACCAGUUACUGACGAUGGGUAUGUCAAUGUUUAAGUUUUCUGUUCAAAAUAUUUUUUUUUUACUUAGAAAUAUUUGAGGAAAGUGAAACAAGGUAUCCUUCUAAAUUCAUAUUGAUUUGUUUAUUUAAGAAUGAAUUUUUAAAAACUUGUUUAAAAAUGUAUUUUCUGGUUCAGUUUUGACCUUUUAAAUAAAUACAUAUAAAUAUAUAAAAUUAACCUAAAAUUUAGUUAACCUUAUUUUUAUUUUCUGUUAAGAUUGGAGUAAGUUGGUUUAGUGUCAAUAUACACUUAACAUACAGUAGAUUUUUGCAUAUUAAUAAUAUCAACUAGAUUUUUACCCGUGCUUGAAAAGCGCGAGGUUAUUAAUUUUAAAGUAAAGUUUAUGAAUUUUAAAAUGAAACACUCUCAAUUAAAUAUAUCUUAUUUUUUGUUACAGUAUUUAGUUGUUAAAUUUAAUAAAAUGAUUGUGUAUAUUAUUUUUCAUAAAUGUGUGAUUUUUAUUAAUUAGUUGCUGCUAUAAAUAUGAAAUAUUAUUAUUUAAUGUAACUUUGAAAAUACCGAUUGAGAAUUUCAUGUUUCCCUUUAAAAUCGUAAAAAAUCUUAACGCAUAUUUUGCGGAGAAUCUGAACAUAUGAUAUUUAAUUAGUAAUUUAUAAUUGAAACAUAUAUUGUAUAGUUAUAAUUAACUAAAGGGCCUACGAUCCAUAAUAUCACAUAUAUGGUAGUUUUGUAAGUAUAAAUUAUAAUAUUAGUAAAAGGUAUAAGUUUGAUUAUUGAGUUCAAAUCAUCUAAAGAAAUCAUCUUUAAUGAAUAUGUUUUAGAUAGAUCCAAAAAAUGUAAUAUCCAAAAAAUGUAAUGUCCAAAAAAUCCAAAUCAUGAAAGAUUUUAUUUCUAAUGAAAUGUGAAUAGGUCUAAAACUUAAAUGAUAACUUUUUAAAUAGAUAAAAAUAUGGUUCUAAAUUAAUAAAAUAGAUAUUCUAAUAUUUUAUUUAUUUAUAUAAUUAUUUAAUUUAAAAUAAUUUUUUUUUAUAUUUUAUAAGAUUUGUUUUUUUGUUUUGAACACAAAGAUUUCAUUCCACGAUAUUACAUGACGAUUAAAUUUUAUAUAUUUGAUUCAUCUAUUUUCUAGGAUUGUUUAAUAUAUUUAUGUAUUUUGGCUACAUAUCAUAGAAUAUAAAUAGGUUUUAUAUAAUAUUCGAAAACAACAUUAAAAUAUUGAAAAUAAAAGAAAAUUCGAAAUAAAAUUUAAUAUAAAGAUAAAAGUCUUUUAUUUCUGUUUAUUUAUAAAAUAUAUAUAUAAAAUAUUGUUAUAUAAUUUUAAUAGAACUAUAUUUUUUAAAAAACUAUUUUUAUUAUUUUAUCAAAUUAUGUCUUAUUUUAUAUUAAUUUAAUUUCAAAUUAGUUUUCUUAUUAAUAUUUUUUGGUAAAAGUCUUUUAUUAAUUUAUAGAGCCUAUAUCGAUAUCUAAGAUUGAACUGAGUCGGUUUAACGGCGUAGUACACGAUCAUAUAUUUGUGUUAUUAUAUUUAAUGAGAUUACUAUAUAUUAAAAAUUCAAGAUUUUGAUAUACGAUGAGGAGCUUUUUAUAAACAUGACAUAAACCAUGGACCACAUCGGAAGGCGCAAAAUGUCGAGUAAUUAGCAGACAGAGUAGUGUUUUCUGGUCAAUUAAAUCUGUAGAGUUCAAACACGGAUCAUGAAAUUGUAUGAUCCUUAUUAUACGUACCUAUGAUUAACUGUAACGAAUAAAAAAUCUACCAAUUCCACGACAAAUGCCUCAAGAACAUCACUGAGACGAUCUUGAUUUAUACCCAAUCUCUUUGUAAUAAUAAUAUUAGGUUCAUUAUCCGUACGUUGGGCCGGUGCGGUAGAAUAAAAUAUCUCUCAUAUCGUUGAGUUUUUAUUUACUUUUGGAGGUAGAAAUUUUCGAGCUUGGUCAUAAUCAUAGUGGAAAAAAUUCGAAUACGAUUCAGCGAUUUAUAAAGUAUGAUUUUCUUUCUACACUAUAAAUUGGUAAUUAAAUUAAAAUAUGGUCGUUUGACCAAAAAAAUUAAAAUAUGGUCUAUAUACAUUUAUUCUUUUCUCUUGGCAGUUCACGAAAAUUAUACACAGCAUUGAACACCUGAUAAUAAUACACAGCAUUGACAUAGUGACCUUCAAAAUUUACUACGAAAAGUAGAAACCUAUAUAAUAUGAUCCCACCAUCUUAAUUGUACUUUUUAUACGAGAAUGAUACGGUACAUCUAUAUAUACGCUUUCGAACUGUUAUAUAUCCUAUCUCAAACUCAGAGACAAACAAAUCUAUGUGAAUGAAAAUUAAAGAAAUUCAAUGUUGCCUACGAAUACGACAUGACAAUCUUAAUGAAAUCAACACAUUUAUUUUUGUCAAACAGAUCAAACGUAUAUUUAAAAUAAUAAAGAGCAUCGAGGUUCCAUUAGCCAUGUGAUCAUUAUUAAUAACUGUCGUAUUAACUACUGUCGUGUUAUUCUAUUAAUGAACUAGCUACAAAACCAUAAUCUUUCACCUUAAUUUAUUUAGCACUUCACAACGAGGAGGAAGCCACGACCAGUCAAAGCCACGAGCCAAAGUUUUUAUUUACGGGCUUCGGAGAAAACUAAACUGAAAUGCCUAAAAUGCCCUUGGCAUGUCUCUUAGUUAUGAAAAUGAGGACCAGCUGUGAAUGUUGGAGGGGGACAAAGGGGCGAGGAGGAGAGACAAAAUGGUGUUGUUGACAUAUUGUGUAGGAAAAAAGAUAAUGAGAUCGAAAGAAGAAGAAAUGCUAAGGUUAUGUGUAAUCAAACAAUGAAGUUGGUUUAGGUAACGAUCGAGUAACUUUGGGAUAUCGAUUCGCUUAUGUCCACAUGACAAAAACCAAGAGAAAUUUGACAUUCUUUUCAGACCAUUAUUUAGUUAACAGUUUGCAUGCCAUGUAGAUUCUCUAAUUUGUUCACAGAAAUGUAAGGGUUGAUUGGUUAUGACUAUCAGACUCUUCUUUAAGAGAUAUACUGCAAGAGAAUUGAUUUUACAAUAAUUAUUGUACCUUUAAAAUAGAGCCAUUAGCCAUAAAUUAUUACCGUAUUGACUUAAAGAAAAAGAGAAAAUUGAGUAGUUUGGAUGUGAAGUUUUUUAUAAAAGUGCUUAGGCCUUGUAGGAAAAGUUUUUAUUUUGUUGACCUCGGAUAUCCGGCUGGCCGAGAUCUAACAGACUAAUAUUCGGGGACCUGUCCACCGGCGCUAGAUAGAUUCGAGGGGAGUUAGAUAUCACUGUAGCCUGACCAUACAUAUGGAUAAUCUGAGUGUGAGGUUUCGAGCCCAAGUCCCAAAUUUCUGAAUCACCUUCGCCAUCAACCACACCCACUUUCCGAGCCGGCUUGUAGAAAAAGUUUAAUAUAUAUUUUUACUAUUAUUUUUCAUCUGUAUGCCCAGUAAAUGAGAAACAUAUACUUUUGUAGAGUUUCAUUAACAGUAUGCAUUUUUAUGAGAUUUUUAAAAAAUUUACAAAGUGAUUUUAUUGGAUCAUCAAAAUCCAAGUAACACGAUGUACAGUAGAAGAAAAAAAAACACGAUGUAUAGUGUUACUAAUUCAGCCUACUACUUUUUUACAACAACAAAAAAAAUCAGCCUACUACUUGAAAACGUUGUGUUGAUUGGGUUGUUGAGAGUUUUCGUCUCCGUGAGAGUUAUAAUUUAUAGCUCGUCCGGAUCCCCCAUAUUAUGCACGCUGUCCCUAUUGUCCUACGCCUCUGAUUGAACCAUAAAUCUUGUAUACCUCUUCGUGCCUUUAUUUAUACAAAAUUUAUACGUAUACAUUAGUUUCCUUAUACGUCCAAUAUAAUUGUACUAUUGUUGGUCAUGGAAAGAGUGGCUUGAAGUUACUUCUCCGCAAAACACACGGUGUUUAUUGAAUGUUCUUUGCCAAACACGGUGACUAAAACACACGGUGUUUUCUGCCAACAUAUAUGUGUUUAACUUUAGCAGAAAAUUAUCAAAUAUUUGAUAAGAUUUACGAAGGUUCUACGGUGAAUACGAUAAACUGGGAAAUACUUUUUUCAAAAAUAAGAUAAAUUGGGAAAUAAUUGUUAUUGUGUGAGAAAUUUUCAGUUAACAGAGUCGUGUUGUGUUAUUGAUCCCACUGAAUUUACCAAUUUUAUAUUUUAACAAAAAAUAGCUGAUGCCCAGCUUUUUUUUUUCCUGCAAAAUUAACGAGUGGUCUUACCUGAAUUUAAUUAAUUAGCUAAAAAGGAUUUUAUAUACCCUUUUGAACAAAAAUUAUUUAGAACUUGUUUUUAUAAUUUCAAAUUUCAGGAUCAGUGACUCGGAACUAGACAACUAAUAAUACCAUGAUAGAGAAUAGAUCAUCUUUCUUAUGAAGAACUGAAUCUUAACCACAACGGAAUAAUCAGCUCUUUCAUUAUACUUACAACAUUUUACAAGAAAUUACAAUCAAAACUAUUUUUUAACCUUGAUUUUUAAUUUAUAAUAUCAUUAUAAAUUGUUAAAAUAUCAUUCCUCCAUAUACCAAUUGAAUCAGUGAAACCCUUUACAAAAAAAAACGAUUGAAUUACUUUUCGUUAGAGUACAAAACCAAUUUUCUUUUCUUUUUAUUCCAGGUUAUGUUUGAUCAAAAACACAAAAUUACUAGACUUGGAAAUGUACAUUAUUAAAUAGUAUUGAACUCUAUUUUACUAGAAUAAUUCGACGAAAACAUACAUAUGUACCUAUAUACACAUAUAUAACUAUAUACACACGUGAAUAAUUGAUUUUUAUAUUGUACAUGAGUGUUUGAUCUUGUGUUGGCUAAGGAUAAUAAGACGAGAGAAACAUGGAAGUGAGACAUGGAGCGUUGUCGACUGCUAAUGAGAGUUAUGUCAUAGCUUCUGCCAUUUCAUCACUCUCGUCUUGUCAAAUCAACGCCACUCAUCAUCAUCAACUCCAUGCAUGGCAGGCAUAAAUAAGCAACUCCUCCUUUUGAUGAUUAAUCUAGUUAUUCUUUGUUUUAACCUGUCCUAACCAUGUGUUAUGACGGAACAUGCAGGUCAACUUUGACAUUAAUUUACGUGUAAAUAAGAAAAUAAAACAAAAUUUAGACAACUAAUAAUGUAGGGUAAGAAUGGUAGCACGGUCAAUUAUAUAUCACCUUGCAUCUUUACAUACCCUAAUCAAGUUCGACAACAAGCAUCCUGAUUAAGUUUCUUAAUCGACCGACGUCGACAAACAAAUAUUGUGUGUUCGAAUGCAUUCUUAUAACCACACAAGUUCAUGUGUAUACGUACCACAUGUUUACCGGAAAGUCUGGGUUACAGAUAAAUACAAACUAGGUGUUUUGCAUCCAUAUACCACAUUUUUAAUAUAAUUUUAAAUUAGGUGUUUUGCUCGCAUAUACUGGUAUAAUUUUCUUACGAAUAUUUAUUAGUUUAAAACCAAACCAAUACGGUAAGUUAUUAUUUAUGUUUUUAAAAAACUAAAUCAAACAUCAAAUUCUUUAUAUAUGAUAAAGUUUUUCAUUAAAACACUCAAAUAUUAAAAAUAUUUUAGAAAAUAUUUUAUGCAAAUGUUUUUACUUGAUUAAUAUUUGAUUACAAAUUAUAAAUUGUUGUAUAACUUAAUUUAAAAAAAAUUAUAUUAGAAAAAUAUUAUUUCAAGAUAACAACACAAUAUAUAAGAAUUUUCUUAAUUUUUAAUAUGAUAUUAUUAAUAUAAAAUUUAUUUUUAUUCAUAUAAUAAAAAAAUAUAUAAAUACAUUAAGAUAACAACACAAUAUAUAAGAAUUUUUUAAAAGGAUAUUAUUAAUAUAAAUUCGUUUUUAAUUAUAUAUAAAAUUUAUUAAGGGUAAUAAUGACAUUAACUAGUCUUACUUUUAACGUGAGAGCUCUGUUGCGAAAAAUCACAAUUGAUUUUUAAUUAAUAAUAAAAAAUAUAAAUUCAUUAAGAUAACAACACAAUAUAUAAGAACUAUCUUUUUUUAAAUGAUAUUAUUAAUUUAAAUUUGUUUUUAAUUUUAUAUAUAUAUAUAUAUAUAUAAUUCAUUGAGGAUAACAAUGAUAUUAACCAGUCUAACUUUUAACGUAAGAGCUCCGUUGCGAAUAAUCACUUCGCAAAUAAUAGUAUAGAUAUCUGAUAAAAUUUAUAAUAGUAUAGAUAUCUGAUAAAAUUUGUUAAAGUUAGGUCAAAUUUCUUAUGUCUAAAUACUAAAAUAUAGGAUAUAAUAAUGUUAUUUUGUAUUUUUAGUUCAUUAGGGAAAUUAAGUAAUAAAAACAUAAGGCCACACAUAUUUAGUUUGCUUCAAGCCUCUCAACUAUUAGGGACGGCAUUGUCUAAGAUAAAUAAUUCACAUGUGCACAGUGCACUUAAAGAGAUGAUUGAGAGUUAGCAUUCGUAUUACACUACACUCAAAUCCAGUAAAUUAUAUACCGAAGAUUUGUACUUCAUAUAUCUUAUACAAUAAAGUAGACAAUAGUCUCUCCUUAGAGUGCCACAUCAUCAGGGAGAAGGGUGCAAAUUUGGACAGGUGUCCUCUCCAAUUUCUUCAUCUCACCAAAAUUUCCGUACCAAAUCUAUGGGCCAGUUGUUGGGUCUUAUGUUUUAAUGUUUUGUAUAGAUGGGCCCAUAUAUAUUUAGGGUUACAUUAUUAUCCUGCUUAGUUUACAGAGCAUCGACGUUUUCACCAUACAGCUAGAACUCCGAUCGACACUAUGUAACGUCUGCCAUUUACAUUUUUUUGGUGUUUAAAUCCUAGCAUUUAUGUCACUUAUACCACCCUCCCACUCUCUGGCUUUUAAUGGAGCUUAUAAUAUUCUAAGAUAACCGCUGGAAGCUCCAUCUAUAAAUGUGUUUGCUCCCGACGAUGAACAGCAUUAAAAUCUGCAAAAACUAAAAGCACGAUCCCUGCAAAGCAUCAACUCAACAAUGGAGAAAUCCUCCAUCCUGCUCGCCGAUUUGAAAGCUUGCCGGUUCUGGCGGUGGUGAGAUUCAACACCGGCACAUUCCUCACACCACCGCGACAAGAGCAAUUCAUAAGCUGCAUCUGGGAACUGCAGCGGAGGAUCGUUCCAAACAGAAGCUGAUCUCACAUAACGAUUCAUCAGGUUUUGUUUGUUUGGUCUCUUUUUAGAUUGUUCAGUCGAGGAUAGGUUUGCUAAGGUGAGUUUAUUGCAUCUAUCAUCCUGUUUUUCUCUUAUAGAUACAAUGUUUUGUGUGUGUCUUCUUUCAGGUUGCAGAGUUUUACGUCCCCAUCAGUGUUAAAACAACACAACAAAACAAGUUAAGCAAGUUCUAUGUUAGGUGACCGACUCCACCGUCACCAUCCCGCUUCAAUGAGAUGACUAACUUUGUUUGAAAUAACUGUUCUUAGUGUUCAUUUUCUUCUUCUUAUUUUGAUUUAAGGGAACUUCAGUAAUCAUGAGGAAGAUGAUAGAGACAGCUUUUCCUUUAUUCUUUUUAGACUGAGAAUGCAUAGAAGAAGAAAAUGCAACCAUUGGCACAAAAGAAACUGGACUUUGAAAAGUUAUGUGCGGCUGGGGUCAGCGUUUACCAACUGGAGGCUCUUGAAGAAUGGGAACAGAUUGCAGCUUCAGCAUUUGAGAACUUCGAGCAGGAAGGGCAUAGAAUCAUAUCCGUCCAAGAACUAGCCGGGGAGAUGACUCUGGCACCAAAUGCAUAUCCUCUGCUCAAGGAUUGGAUCUGGAGUUUGGAUGGAAAGCUUAGUUUCUUGCAUGGUGUGAUCGUACGAAGCUCGAGCUCAAGACCUAGGUGACACAUCGGCAUGGGAACAUUCUUCUAACGUGUGAAUCAAUUCUUGAUAAGCAUCGAAAACGACUUAGUCGUAAUCAAGAUAUUGGGUUUAAAUGUACAACAUAUACUGGAAGAAAAAAAAAUCUAUAUAUAUAGUGGAAAUGGAGCUAGGUACGUCAUUUGUAAAUAAUUCUUUGAGCAGUUUGUCUUUAGACGAACCAAACCCCUAAAAGAAAAAGAAACAAACAGGGAAAAUAUAUCAUACAUGAGAUGACUAACUUUGUUUGAAAUAACUGUUUCAGUCUCCACUACUGCACUGUAACAAAAAAACGAUUAAAGGAAACAAUAGUGGCUCAUAUAUAAUUGUGGCUUAAAGCAAAACAAAAAACUGUGGUCUUAAAUAUUUUGAUAAAAAAUUAGAAUUCCAUGUAGUUAUAGUUCUACUAUUAUUAUAUUUUACUUUAGAAAAACUCAAAAUAUUUUAAAAUUUUUGCUUUCUUUUUUGGUCAUUUUUUUGAAAUAUGCUUAGAACUAUUUAUGUCAUAUUUUUGUGUGGUUAACCAAAUAAAUAAAAUAGUAAAAUGUCACUAUCAAUAGUAUGUAAUAAACAAUUAGAAUAAAUUAAAAGAUAAAAACCAAUUAAAAAAGAUAACUUGUUGAUCUAAGUUUUUUUUUUAAGUGAGACACUCAAGGUUCCAUAAUACUAUCCUAGAAUAACUUUGAAACUGUAGAUAAUUAAAUAAACCCAAUGCUUUAGAUGCCUUGAAGAAGGACCGAGUAUAUAUGGAAAAAAAUUGUGGUCUUAAUUAUUUUGAUAAAAAUUUAGAAUUCCAUGUAACUAGAGGUGAGCGUUCGGGUACCCAUUCGGUUCGGAUCUAUUCGGGUUUCGGGUGUUCGGGUUCAAAGAUUUCAGUCUCAUUCAGAUAUUUCUAAAUUUUGGUUCGAGUUUGUUUCGGAUCUUUGCGGCUUCGGUUCAGGUUUGGAUAAUCCAUUUAAAUUAUUUUAUCAAAUUUUAAAUUUAUUAUAUACUUAAAAUUUUUCAAAAUCUAUAAAAAAAUUAUAUAUUACAUAUAAAUUUGAAUAACAUAUGUCAAAGUACAUAAAAUUAACAUAUAAAUUGGUUUGAUUUGAAUAUUUGGAUAGUCUUUCAAGUAUUUGUAGUGUUUUGAAUAUAUUUUAGCUAUUUUUGACAUUUAAUUUUGAUUAUUUGUGUUUAUUUUCAAGUAUUUAGGAAAACUUAAAAGUAUUUUAUAUAUUUUGGAUGUAUUUAAAUCUAUUCCAGGUACAUUCGGGUACCCAAAAUACUUUAAACCGGGUCGGGUUCGGUUUUAGUUUCUUUAAAUAUCAAAAUUUUGAAUCUGUUCGGAUAUUUAAUUAAUUUUGGUUCGGGUUCGAUAUUACUUUUUCGGAUCGGGUUCGGUUCGGUUUUCCGGAUCCAGGUUUUCUGUCCAGUUCUACAUGUAAUUAUAGUUCUACUAUUGUUAUAUUUUAGUUUAGAAAAACUCAAAAUAAAAUUUUAAAAUUUUGCUUUCAUUUUUGUGCUUUUUUGGUUUUUGUGGUCAUGCUUAGAAAAUUAUAUAUGCUUAGAAUUAUAUAUGAUCUAAUUAGAAAAUUAAUUUUUAAUGUUUUAUAAAAUUAAAAUACAUUUUUAGCAUAACAUAAUUUUAAUGUAACAUCACCCGCCCGUAGGGCGGGCCAACCCCUAGUAUAUAUAUAUAUAGGAGAGACAAAUAAUGCUUGCGAUUGCUUGUCCGAUGAAUUAUGGCUGUACAUGUAAAUUUAGGGUGUAAAGUAUUUUAAAAAGCGCACACACGUCCAGGAUCUAGAAGCUAGGACUGUUUUUGAUUUUUUUUUUUUAAAUUCAAAAAAUUAAUUUGGUUGUUUAUGUAUUUAAAUAUUUUUUUCCGGCUAAGUUCUUUUCUAAACUAAGCAUGUUUAAAUUAAAAUAGUAAAAUGAUAGCGUGAUUUAUCAAAAAUUGAUCGCGAAAUAUUAUAAUUAACGUCAAAGCAUGGAAAAAAUCAAGUAUUGACUUAAGAUCGUCAGUACAUAAAUAUUCCAAAUGUUUCAAAAAUAAUGUUUUCGACCAUUACUAAAUGGACGCGUAGACACACAAAGGAAUUUACAUAGACGUUAUAAGUGGUAUUAAAGCUAAUUAGCAGUUUCGGUUCUCACCAUGAGGCGGUUAGAGACCCUAGUGUGCACUAUGCGAGUUGUGUUGAUUGUAACUUAUGAUUUCUAGUAUAGGUGACAUAUGUUGAAAGACUUGUAAGAAUUGAAUUUUGAUUAUUUAUAUCACUAAAAUACAAUCUUUACGGUGCUUUCCAAAAAGAAUUCUACAGCUAAGUGCGUUUGAUAUGGAAUAAUGGAAGGAUAAGUGCUUUAUCGAGAUUUUUUUUUUUGUAAUAUCAUGCGCAUGAGCUAAGCACCAAAAAUUUGUUUAGGUGGUUAAUUAUUGCAAAGUCAGUUAACAAGUAAUUCGAUCCUUUAAUAACGCUUCCAACCAUUGAAUAAGAUGGACUCACAAUUCUAGAAAAAGCACCAUAUACACAUAAUAUUGUUAAGAACACACUGAAUAUCUAGGUUUUUGAAGGUAUUCGUAAUUUGUUUUGUUUUGUCAUGAUCAGCAGGUUUAUGAUUCAAUUUGCUCUCACACCUUCCACAUAUUAGAAAUUUGGAUAUGUAUAUUAAACCGGAUAUUGAUUUAUAAAAUAAAUAAAAAUUCAUAAGUAUAAAACAAUAUUUUAUUGUCAAAAUAAAAAUUUACCAUCUUUAAAAUUUUAAUAACUAAAUAAUAAACUAAAUGAAUAAAAAUAUUGUAGAACUUAAUAAGUAUAAAAUAAUUAUAUAAAAUAUGUUACCAAGAAUUGUAAAGAAUAAUUAUACAAUAUUUUUAAAUUUGAGUAAAAAUAAAUAUAAAAGUUAAAUAAUAAUUAUACAAUACAACAUCAACUUGUAUAAGUAACAAAUUAUAAUUCAUAAUUAAUAUUACCAAGAGCCGACAUAAGUUUAUUCUAACAAUAUAUAUGAAUAUAAAUAGGAUCAGAUAUUCAUUUUUAGAAAAAUCAUAUUUUUUAUUUUGUUUUUUAAAAAAUAUUCCAUAUUAUUUAUUUGAUUGGAUUCAUGUAAUUAUGGAUAUUUGUUUUUCGGAUCAAAUGAAAAAGAAACAACAGGUUAUAUUAAAAUUUAUAGACAUAUGCCAACACCUAACACAAAGUAGAUGACAAUAACAUCAUAUAUUAAUCAAGAAAUACUGGGUCGAAAGAUCCAUGUAGCACUUUAAACCGUUUUUUUUAAUAACUGUGGGGAUCUGGUGACCGAAGUCAACUGACUAGUUUCACGAAACUCACGAUACUCCACGUAUUUUCGCCUUUUAAAACAGUUCGGAUGGCUAACGGAGAUUGAACCACGGUUUCGCCGUAUUGAUUUUUGUUUUCCCUUAGUCGGCACUCCACUUCAAACCGUUUCGAGCUAAGAUAUUUGUUUCGGGAAAAACAAACAUAUAAACAGGUUGUACAAAAAAUCAUCUGUCUCACACGAAGUUGAUUACCUAUAAAGCAUUCCAACACAAUAAUCAUUCGAUAUUUGUUGAUCCGCUUCGAUCGAGUAUCUUUGAAACCACCUCACGCUCACGGGUACGUAUUCCAAAUGAUUUUAACUCUCUAACCUGAUGGUGCAAGUAUUUUACUUUCUAGUAGAUUAUUCCCCUCAACGAUUUAAAACUGAUAAUUGAUGGAUGCAUAUAACUAAAAAUCUAGCACGAAAAACGUACUUCUACGUACUCAUUCAAUUGUAUGCUUCAUUAUUCGAUUUCAUAUGUUUCAGAUACAACAUCAUACAUACAAUAUGUACAUAUUUGACUUUUGGUGUGCGUAACAGCGUAGGCCAUCAUUUUCUUUUUUUGAAACUAACUCAUCAAAAUUCGAGAGAUCAUUUACUCAUAUAUUUUUGGAGCAUUUUAGAGCAUCUCCAACUCCACUCUAGUUUUCACUCUAAAAUAGAGUUUGGAGUAAAAAUACUCCAAUGUUAUUCUAUUUUUCACUCUAUAAUAGAGUAAAUAAUAGGUUUACUCCAAAUAUAGAGUAACUUAUUUAUUUUUUGCUCAUCACUCUAUUUUUCACUUUAAAAAAGAGUAUCAUUAGAAUAUAAUUGAACUCUAUUAUAAAGUUAUUCUAUUUUGAAGUGAAAAAUAGAGUAAACUAUUGGAGAUGUAGAAGAAAAAGAAACAGACCACAUAGCUAUAUAAUAAUGACAUGAAAUAGUAUGAUUAGAUAAUCAUUUGGACAAAGGAAACCAGAGAGAUAAACUAAAAAUACAAGACGGGGAGAGAUUGUUCCACAGGCACAAUACUCAAGAUCGGAUUAUGUGCUUAAUGUCCCCUAAUCACUAUUUAGAUUAGAUUAGAGAUUCUUUUGCUUUCUUGUAAUUGAUCCAAUUAAUUGGUCUCCACUCUCUACUCCCAGCACGUGCUUCCACGCUCCACAAGACCUCAUCCAGAAAUAAGUCAGCAUUUUAUCCAAAUCUGACCCGAAACAUAAAAAUAUCCAAUAUCCUAUCCGAAUUUGAAAGGGAUGCUUACUCAAAAAUUAAGAAACAAAUAUAACUUUGACUUUUGUAAAUGACAUUUUGAAUUUUUUUUUUUCGCUAAUCUUUUCAAGACAUUGAAGGUAUGUAAUUUAAUAGAUAGUUAUAGAGAACAUUAUAACAAAAUUAGUUACUAAACUACAAUUAUAUGAUUGUUAUCAAAAUAGUUGUGUGUCAAAACAUAAAAGACAUUUGGCUUUCAUAUAUAGCAUCAGUAUUCUCUCUCUAUAGUAGUUUUUUUAAAAAAAAAUUGGAGUUCGAAAGUGUUUACAUGUAUAUCUUUUUAAUAAACAUUUGUUUCAUAUUUAGAAUUUUUUUUUGUACAACUUUUUUCUUGCUUUGAGCCUUUAAAUUAAUAGGGACGUUUUCAUGAUAUCUAAUUUUAAAAUUCUACAAAUAGAUAGUGAAAAGAACACGAUAUAUGCAAGUGUUUCGGGGGUUUUGAUUAAUUUCUAAGCUAAUUCAGAUGCAGUUGGGUUUUCUUGAUCGUAAAAAUCUGGAGGUACAGAACAAAAUGAACUACCUAACUAAGCAUGAAAGACUAACAAGUAACAACAAAGUUUUUUAAAAAAUGAAAGAGUAACAAAUAAACCAGAUUAAACUAGAGUAAACAAGAAAGCAAUAAACAAGCAAACAAUUAAGCUAGAUAAUCAGUGAUGGAAAUUAAAGACCACUGACAAUUAGGGAUGUACAAAAUAUACAUAAAUAUUUAUUCGAUUUAUCAUCCGUUUCAAUCUAAACUGAAAAUUUUGGAUAUUUGUAACUCUACGAAUUAAAGCAAAUAAAAUAAUAUAAUACCCGUUAAAAUGAAUUAAAUAACAAAUAUUAAUAAUUUUAAGAAUGGAUAUCAGAUCCGAUUCAUUAUAUGCAUAUAUAUACAUAUAAAAUAUUAUUAUUUCAUAUUAGUUUUGGAUUAUUUUUUUAUAUACAUAUAAAAUAUUAUUAUUUCAUACUAGUUUUGGAUUUUUUUUUAGUUUUUAACAUUUUAUUUAUUUGAAUAGAUUGAAUGAAAAUAUCAUGUUAAAAACAUGUAAAUUUCCAUAUAUCUGGACAUUGAAUAUCUGAAUGGUUAAAUCGAAUCGGAUCAUAUCAAAUGGUUAUAAAUCGAAUCGGAUCAUAUCAGAAAGUUGAUAAUCUCGGCGAAACCGAUCAAAUCACGAAUACUUCCAAACUCUAGAUAUUCUAUCCAUGUCCAUACCUACUGGCACUCCGUUAAAUAAAUCAUCGGAUUAGCUUAUGGUGAAAGGACAAAAAAAGAAGUUCUAAAAACUUGACUAGUAAACAUAUAAUAACACAAUAAUAGUUCGUAAUAAAAUUUGUGUUAAAAAUGCUUAAUAGAAACUUAGGGCUGGAUCUAAGAUUUAUUUGCCAUAAAAGGUUUGGUUAAUUUAAUUUAUUUGAUAAUUUUGAAAGUAUGCGACUUAUGUAUAAUAAUGUUAAUAAAUGUGGGAGUAAAGCUAGUGUUUCAUUCUAUUUUGCCACAACUUUAUGUUUCAAUUUGUAUAUAUUUUGCCUAGGGGUGGGCAUAUCGGUUUAGUUUCGGGUUCGGUUUGGGUUCGGUUUGGUUUGGGUAAUUUGGGUUUUGUAAAACUAAACCCAAUUAAAACCAUAGUAACUUUGGUUUGGGUUCGGUUUGGGUUUAGUUUGGUUCGGUUUAGUUCGGUUUGGUUUAUAUUAAAUUCGGUUUGGUUUUGAUUUAGUUCGGUUUGCUUUAUUAUGGUGUAGUUUGGUUCGGUGUAGUUUGGGUUGGUUAUAAAAUAUGAUGGCAUCAGUUUUACUAAAAAAUCAUCAACUUAUAAAAGAUAAAGAGGGAAUAUAAACUUUGUUAGCUAAAAAAUCCAUUACUAAAGUCAAAAACAAUGUAUCCAAAAACUAAAUACCAAAUAUGGUCCAACUGAAAACAGAUCUUCACUAAAUUAUAAAGCCGAACAAAAAUCAAAAACCCAAUUUAACUAUAAAGAGAAAGAAGAAAAAUCAAUACAAUCUAUUCUUUAGGUAUUAGGAUUAGAGAUAAAUAUAUAAAAUAGUUUUAUUUAAAUCAUAUUUAGAAUUUUUAAAAAAUAUAUGGAAGUUAAGAAAAAUGAAAAACUAAAAUUUACAAUAUGUUAAUAUAUAUAUAUAUAUAUAUAUUUAUAAAUAAAAAUAUAUUGGAUAAUCGGUUUGGUUCGGUUUGGUUCGGUUUAAACCCAAACCAAACCAAACCAUUCGGGUUGAGUAAAACAUGAACCAAUUGGGUUAUGUAAAGAGGACGGUUUGGUUUGGGUCGGUUUAACUUCGGUUGGUUUGGUUCGGUUCGGUUCGGUUUGGGUUUUUUGCCCACCCCUAAUUUUGCCGGAUAGAAUUGUAAAUAAUCUGUAGAUUAUAAAAUGUAUAAUGUAGUAGUUACCCAUUUAUCAUAUAUUCAUAUUUAUACUUUUGAUUUUUUAUAUUUUGUAGGAAAUAUUAGUUUACAUUUAAUUUUAUAUAUCUGUUAAGUCUUCAAUUUAAAAUAGUAUUUUCAAAAAUAGUGAUAAAUCUUAGUCUCAAUAAUAUAAAUUAUAUUUUAAUAUAAGGUUAAUUCUAAUAUAAAAAUGUAAAUUAUUUUAAGACUGUUGACAUUUUAAAUUAAAAUUUAUACAAAAAAUAUUGUAAAAAUUAAAUAAUGAAUAUUUGUAUAAAUUUUUAUUGGUCCACAUGUUUAAUAAACAAAAGUUGAUUGAAUGAUAAAAUAAUAUUUUUUAAAAACUGAACCAGGUGAGACUUAAAACCCAGCUCAUAGAGUAUAUCAAUAUUCAGAAAAACAUGCUAGUAAAUAUAAUAAAUACUAGAUUUUGACCCGCGCUUCAAAAGCGCGGAGUUUUUUGGAUUAUACUCGAAACGCGUUUUUUUAGUUAUAGACAAAAUUUGACAUGACUUAGUAUUUUGCGGUUGUUGUACAUUAUUAUGUAACAAAAUUGUAUAAUAUUGAAGAAAAAAUUUGUUUAAAAUUAUAUAAUUUAUGAAUUAGUUUAUUUGAGAUUUUUAUGUACAUUUUUAUAUAAUUCUCUUUCUUAAACCUAGACAUUUACUCGAAUCUUAAAAAAAAACGAUAGUGUCCAAGUCCAGAGAAAUGUACAUAUUGGGUAUUUUUUAGAUCAGCAUAUCUUAGUUUGGACGAUCCUACCUAAACCCGGUGGAUCCUACCUAAACCUGGUCGGAUACCCAACAUACAUAAAAUGUUUUGUGUAUAUUAGGUAUAUUUGAGUAUUUUGGAUAUGUUUUGGAUAUUACAGAUAUUCUUUUUUUUUUUAGUUAAGUUUUCAGUUAUACUUUCAGAUUUCAUGUAAAAAUUUCAAAAUUUGAAAUUUUAAUUUUUUGGUAUUUUUGAUUUUUCGAGUUAUAUUUCGGAAAGCAUUUCAGAUCUUUUUCGAGUAUCUGAAUAUAUUUUGAGUAUUUGUUGAGUUUUUGGUUAUUUUUCAAGUUUCAGAUUAUUUUAAGGUUUUCGGGUAUUUCUAAUCUUUUCAUAUCUUAAUAUCUGAACCAACCUAAACCUUACACGUACCCAAAUAUUACAUGUAUGUUAAUUGUAUUUGAAUUAUUAUUCCGAACCGACCUAGACAUGGAACCAACCUAAACCCUAAUUACAAAAUUUCAAAUAUUUAUUGGGUCUAAAUGUUUAGGGCCCAAAGAACCGAGAUAAAAAGCACUUGACCAGAAUAUCUUAAUACCCAGACCUACUCUCUCACUAUAUUUUUUUUAUUUUAUAAGAGUUAUAUUUGUUAAAUUGAUAUGGAUUAAGAUUUACUUAGUAUAUUUUUUUAGCUAAUUCAAUAGAACAUAUUUGUAUGUUUUCAAUAGUUUUUAAACUUUCUUAAUAAUUAUUUUUAUUAUAAUAAUUUUUAUAAAAAUAAAGUUGACGUAAUAUAUAUAUAUAUGUAUAUAACUUUGUUUUAACAUAUGAUUUGCCAAACUAUUUUUUAUUAAAUUUGAGUUUAUAAAUAUUUGAAACUAUAUAAUGUAAAAUGAGAUAGUACAAUAUGUUUAAUUAUAAAAUAUAUAUAAAUAUUGUAGAUCCUGAGCAUAAAGUUAAUUUAUAGAAGAAGUGUUUUAUAUAAAACAAAAAGUAAUAAUAAUAAUAAAAUUUAAAAUAUGAUUUUGAACCAUGUUUUUAGUUGAUGGAUGAUUGUAUUAUUAGACGUCCAUCUUUUCUCAUCAUGAAAAAGAUUAUAUAUAUAUAUAUAGCACUAAAUAAAAUAUGCAGUUCACUUUAAUCAAGAAGUA